AUGACUAGCGUUGAACAAAAUGAGGCCGUCCCCCAGGAUGCAGACAAUGUCACAUCCGCCAAGCGCAAGUCUGCGAUGGACGAGAUCGAAGUCGACCUCACUCUCCCCGAACCACCAUCUAAACGAGCCCGUCGCGCCCUGAAAAAGGGCAAGCCCAUCCUCGCCAAGAAUGACAGUGGCGACGAAAAGAAAAAAAGGGCAGAUGGCGACGGCGAGCAAAAUGACGAAAAGGCCAAGGCCAGGUCAGAGCACGCCAUCUGGGUUGGCAACUUGCCAUUCGCAGUUACAGCCGCAGAGUUGAGGCAAUGGCUCGUGGAUAACGCGGGCGGAGUCCUCACCGAUGAGUCCAUCACGAGAAUAAAGAUGCCGACCGCAAAAGACCCCGGUCGAGACAAGAGCCAAAGGCCUGCCAACAAGGGCUUUGCCUAUGUCGACUUCGCAGACGUGGGCGGCAAGGUUGCUGCCAUUGCCUUGACGGAGACGGAACUCGGGCACCGCAAGCUUCUGAUCAAGGACGCCAGGUCGUUUCAGGGCCGACCCGCCAAGGAGAAGGAACCGUGGGCAGUAGAGACGGGACCAGAUGGCAAGGUCAAGCACGGUGCCGAGCAGAACAAAGACGUUGACCCCAAUGCCAGCCGGAAAAUUUUUGUCGGGAACCUGAGCUUCAAGACGACUGAGGAAGAUGUGCGGCGGAACUUUGACAAGUGCGGAGAGAUUGAUUGGGUCAAGGUCGCUACCUUUGAAGACACCGGCAAAUGCAAGGGUUACGGAUGGGUCAAGUUCAAGGAGCCUGAAGCGGCUGCGUGGGCUGUCAAGGGAUUUGUCAAAGUGAAGGAGGCCGUUGAGACGGAGGAGGACUUCAAAGAGGGCGAUGAGACAGACGACAAGAAACAGGACCAGCAGAAGCAAUUCAAGACGAGGAAAUGGUGGGUGAAUCGUAUGCUGGGUCGAGAACUCAAGCUGGAGCUGGCCGAGGAUGACCAGUCUCGGUACAAGAAGCGGUUUGGCAAGGACGCCCAGAGACAAGCGAAUGGUGGCGAGAGAAAGGGCGUAUCCUCACAAGGACGAAGCUCAUCCAGGCCGAGGGACGAAGCAGCGAGCGACGACCCGGGUGCCAAGUCGGAUGCUUCGGACAAGAAGACUAAGCUGCUCAAAGAGGCUGCUGAUAUUCAAAUUGCUAGACUGACAGGACGGAAAGUGGACUAUACGGGCACCAAGGUCAAUUUCAAUUAA